UAUAAAUAAAUAUUGGGAAAGAAAGAAGAAUCCCUAAACCCAACCCCUGUGCCUGGAGCUGGAGCAGCAGCAGCCAUCGGAGAAGAAGAGCCGAUAAUCGCUGCUCUGCAUUUGUCUCUCACAAUCUCUCAAGCCCUGCUUGGCUUGGGAUCCUCAAUUCCGCACGUGCAGCAAUUUGGCAUCCUUGUACGUUUUUUAUUGGGACAGUAUUGAAGCCGCUGGAUUGGAUACCUAAUCCAGCAUCUUCGGAAUAAUAUGGGCACAGAGGUUGAGCAUGCAUCUGACAAUAUUACCACUGCAAAGACCCCUUCAUCAACACCAUUGAGUGGUCCUAAGGUAUCCAUGUUUGCAAAAAAAUCAGGAUUUGUCAUCCCCAAAAACAAGUUGUCAGGUUCGCUGGUCCCUAUAUUUCGAGGCACCAAAAAGGGAGAUGGUGAUGUGGCAAACGUUAAUACUACUAAUCAGGUGCAGAGAAAAACCAAAUGGGGGCCUGAUCUAACCCUGGAUACUACUGUUCGAAAGGGAAGAGCAUCAGCAUAUCAGAUUCGGAUAAAUCAAAUAUCACAACAGCUGACUCUGGGGAACCUGGAACUUGAGGAUAAUGAAGACUUGCAAGCUUCAUUAAAUCAUCAGCUUAGCAAAGCGGAUUCGGAGAUGCUGGAGAUUGAAAAGCAAGAAAUUAUUGGUGAACUGCUAAGGUUAAAUCCUACUUAUAAGGUUCCUUCCGAUUACAAACCUCUGCUGAAAGAGGCAAAAGUUCCAAUUCCUAUCAAGGAGUACCCUGGGUACAACUUCAAUGGUUUAGUACUUGGCCCUGCAAGCGAUACUCUAAAGCGGCUAGAGAAGGAAACAGGAGCCAAGGUACGAGUUUAUGGUACAAAGGCGGAUACAGGUGGGAAGGUUGAAGUCACUCCUACUAAUGGAAAAGAAGCAGACAAUGACUAUGAGGAUCUGUAUGUACAUGUAUCAGCUGAGACAUUUGAGAAAGUCGAUGCAGCUGUUGCUUUGAUUGAGCUUUUGGUCACCCCAGUUUCAGUGAAUCCUGCUCCUUCGUCAACAACAACCGCCUCAUCUGGUGACAUUGUGAACGCUACUCAUUUGAGUCAAAGCGGGUCCAGCUCCGUCAUUUCUCCUCCUGUGAUAAAUCAAGGAGCGUCUCAACCUUAUGCUGGAUCCAUACCGCCAAUGCAAGGUCAAUUUCCACAAUUUUCUCAACCAUGGUUUUCUGCAGGUCCAACUCAACCUCCAGCAUAUCCACAGUCUGGAAUGAUCGCCCCUACAAAUCUGAUGACGCCAUCAUCCAGUAGUAGCACCUCCCAUGUGUCUUCCAUGCCUUUUAAUCUUCCUUCUAACAUGCCAUCAUUAUUUGGAGUGCGACCGGUGGUAGGUGGUGCGAAUUUUAAUCCUGUCAUGCAGAAUUCACCUGCUCCUGCUGCAGCACAGCAGCCGCCGCCGCUUUCUGGACAGCUGCCAUAUGCACAGCAGCAGGGCCAACCCGGCGGACCAAGAAGCACUGGGGUGCCAGUUUUACAGCCACCUUCCCCUACAAUCUCACUAGCCGGGCCUCCUCACUUGGUAAGGCCAGUCGUAUCUGCACCGCUCCAACCGGCUGCUAGUGAAUCUGGGAGAUGGUUGGUGCCACCAGCAUCUCAAGGACCGAACAACAACAACAUGAUGCUGAUGCAGAAUGCCAUAGCUUCGCACAAUGGUGUCUCUGGAGCGCCACGGCCAAUUAGCUAUUCUGGCAAUAUGAUUACACCACUAGCCGGUGCGCCUCGACCAGCAAGCCAGCAGCAGCCUCAUGGCGGUUUCUCUUCAGGUCUUCCAUCGGAAUCCAUCCCGCCAGUGCGCGGUCCAUCCCCGAAUGCGAAUGCCGUACCAGCAGGAGGCGUCCCGGGACCUAGGACUUUCCCAGUGCAGCCUUCAUCAGCAGCAUCACAUCAUCCUCAGCCUGGAAUGCCCACUAAUCCCUUCCCAGGAAGUGCUCCAAAUUUCGAUUCUGUAAAUUCUUCAGCUAUGGGAGCUCCGCGGCCUCAGCACCCCCCCAGUUCUGGUGAUUUCACGUUUCAGCCUCACCGGCCGCCACAUCCAGCUGCUGCUCAGGUCUGGUCAGGUAGUCAGCCUCCUCCUCAUCAUCAUCACAAUGCCAGACCUCCUCUUCCUCCUCCUCCUGUUCAAGGUGGGCACGGACCAUUGGCGGCGCCUCAACCACAGUUCAGACCUUUGGGACAUCAUAAUAGUAACAACAACAAUAAUCCUCCUGUUCAAGGUUUUCCGACGAGGCCUCCGGUGAAUGUGAAUCAAGCAAGAGCACCGUUUCCUCCGCCCCUGAACUUUGCAGGUACUCCCCCAGGCCAUCUGGUUCCUCCUCCUCCUCCUCUACCAAGGCAACCGGGCCCUCCUCAGAAUGUCUCGGUGAGAAUGUUCGCUCCUCCUCUUCCUGUUAUUAAUAAUGCUCCUGGUCUCGGUCCCUUUCCGCCAAGACCAGCAGGGAGUCAGAUGCACAUCCAAGAACUUCCUCGGCCGCAAAGGUUUGCAGUGCCGCCACUGCAGCAGCAUUUUGGGAGGCCGCCAUUUUCUGGUCGUCCUCCUCAGCAGCAGCAGCAGCAGCAGCAAGUAUACGAUCCAUUCUCUCCUACUCCUGCUCCUACAGCACCAUCGUCUCAGAUGGGAGGUAAUGCGGCUGCAAGACCGCAUGGUGAAAGUGACCCGGAAUAUGACGACCUCAUGGCUUCAGUAGGAGUAAAGUGAGAGAGUGAUUGUUGAUUGUUGAUUGCUGUACUGUACUGUGUUGGAAUUAAAUUUGAAGAUGGAUGGAUGGAUGGAUGGAUGUGUGUGGCCGCGGUUCUCUCUCAGGAAGAUUCAAGUAACGGGCAGGGCAGGGCAGGGAAUGAAUGAUCGACCUUUAGAUGUUUAUAAUUGCUGGCUGGCUGGCUGGCUGUUUCCUUCCUUCUUUGUAGUUUAGUAUAGAAGAGAAUAGAUGAUUAGCUGGUUCGAUAAACACUUUAUGGUAAUGAAGGCUAACAGUUUCUUCUCUUCAUUCCUACUGCUCAUUCUCCGUCACUCUAGACUAGUGUGGAAUAGAUAUAGGGCAUUUGGAUCAGACGAACACCCCUUAACCAACUCAACUCAGAUAAGACGACUCUGUCAGAAUUCAUUCUCAAUGCUACCAUUUAAUACUCUAUAGAAUUAUUAUUAGCUUACUAGUAUUUUAUAUGA